GUUGAUUGAUGCUGAUCUUUGGUUACGUUUAGUAAAAAACAUAGAGCAUAUUUAAAGUCUUUUGAUAUAAUUAAUAUAUAUAUAUAUUGGGUUGAAAAAAAAUUAAACCAAAACUUGCUCCUAGUGAAUUAUCCAAUAUGGAAAAAUUUAGAAAAAAACGUAAAUCAGAGUUGGAAAACCUUUUUUCCAAAAAAUAUAAGGUUACAAAUGAAAUGUCAACACCUUUCUUCAACGAAAAAGAUACUGAGAUAUACUAUAAGCAUCAUGAUCAUACAUACGCCGAAAAUAUAAUAAUUGACCACGCCAACAGUAUAGCAAUUGACUUUGUUAAUGAUGAUUGUCUAGCUGAAAUAUUCACGUAUGUGCCAGCAUGUGAGAGACCUAGAAUUGCAUUGGUAUGUCAAAAAUGGAAAAGAGCUCUUGAUUAUUCUUGGAGUAAUGUCAGAAAACUUCAAAUAACUCACUGGGAAUGUGCUGAGUAUCCAAAUUGUUUGAAGAAAUAUCCAACACCCGAUAAAAAAUUAAGCUUCUUAAAAUCAUUGCUUUAUAAAUGUGGCCGUUAUUUAACACAAUUAGACUUGACAGCUUAUGGUCAUAGUAACAUAGUGCCAGUUAUUAAUGAAUAUUGUCCAAACCUUGUAAAACUUCGAUUGAGAUUCAUCUAUGAUGACGAUAAACUAUGUUGGAAUUCAUUUUCACGUCUAUCUAAGCUCAAAGUACUAUCAAUUACAUUACAACAUAAAUGGGACUGUGUAUCUGUUAACUUAAUCGAUGCAUUGUUGGCCCUUGCUGAUACAUUGACUGAUCUGAUUUUGUCCUAUUGGAAAACUCACUUCGAUAAACCCUGUGAAAUGUCUACAAAGGAAAUCAUUGCUGUGCUUCGUCGAUCCAAGGCUCUGAAAAGAUUUGAAUUAGGUGGUGUACGAAUUCUCCCAAAUCUAGUACAGUAUAUGAGAGAUAAUCGCACAGCUGUACAAUUUUAUCCUUAUGAUCAUUACAUAAACAAAAAUAUUAUUGAGCCAAAUCAGAGUGUUUAA